UUCAAUUUCAUUUGCUUCUGUUUGGUCACAAUCGGUCAAAUAACUUCUUAAUAAUGACUGUAAAGAAGGUGGAGGAUAAUAACCAUUAGUAUUUGCAUCUCCAGCUUCUCUUUCCCAUUGUAAAUUUAAACCAGAACAUUCUCGAGUAAUUAAUUCAUCUAUGAAAAGUACUUCUUCUUUUUCGUCUUUCGGAUUAUUAUUCUUAAUUGAUUCUCGUUUUUCUUUAUACAAAGUGAACAGUUUCUCAAAUGGAUAUGGAAUCUUCAGAGUAAGAGAAAUUGGUAAUGGACUAUCAUCUAAAUUUUGUGAUUCAGAUUCGCCGUUUUCGACUAUGUAUGGUCAAGAUGAUUAUGAUAUUGAUGAAGACAAUGAUGAGUAUUUAGAGGAUGACAGAGAUGUUGAAGAACAAGAUGAAAGUGAUGAAGACACAGAGGAAGCAAGUGAAACAGAUCUUGGAAAAUCUGAAGAAUACACAGAAAUAAAAGAACAGGUUUAUCAAGAUAAAUUAGCUAGUUUGAAAAAACAAUUGCAACAGUUAAAGGAUGGAACACAUCCAGAAUACAAUCGUAAAUUAAAACGCUUGGAGGCUCAAUAUAAAGAAAGAUUACGAUUGAAUAUAAUUUAUCGUGAUUAUUUGACAGAAUGGGUAGAACGAGAUUAUAUAUUAGAAAAGAAAGCAGCAGUGAAGGAGUUUGAAGAAAAGAAAAUAGAUUUAAAAGAAAAUUUACUAACUGACAUGGAAGAAAAACGAAAAAUGAUAGAAUCUGAUCGACACACAAUGGAACUUACUGGUGAUUCAAUGGAAGUAAAACCUGUAAUGACAAGAAAAUUACGAAGACGACCAAAUGAUCCUGUACCUGAAAAAGUAGAAAAACGGAGGAAACCACCUCCUGCUCAAUUAAAUUAUCUAUUAGAUGAAAAAGAAAUAGAAAGUGAUUUAAAAGCUAUUAGUCGCGGUAAAGUACUGACCACUGUUCGCAAACCAGUAUUACCACAUUACAAUGCAAUCAACAUGCCUUCACAACAUAUUCCUCCACCCUCUGAUAGUCCUAUGAUAGAGACUAGAAUAGAAGAUGGAAAACUUUUACAUGAAAGGCGAUGGUUCCAUCGCGGACAACCAGUAUAUGUAGAGGGAAAAGAUUUAACCAGGUUUGCUGCAAAUAUUUCUGCGAUAGGAACAGAAGCCAUUUGGGUGAAGAAAGUUUCAGAUGGAAGUAAAGUGCGGAUAUACUUAUCCCAAUUAAGUCGAGGGAAGAUUUCGAUCAAAAGAAGAGCAUCAUAAUGACUAUCAUAAUGAAGUAUUCAUCGUUAUAAAUUUAAGUGUUCAGUAAUUGUUACACUUGUGAUAUGAUAUUAGACUUGUAGUUUAUUGAAGUUCUAUUUUCUGGAUUCAAUAUAACUCUUACUGUACUUGUUUUUUGCCACCAAUAAAACCAGACUUUUUGAUGA